CGUCACUCACAUCGUUUUUGUCAACGUUCGCCUCCGUGAGUCUACUCGGUUCUACUAGCUACAUUCCACUGACCUCCGCCCAUAGUCAGGACACAAACCAAGCCCAGACAUGUCUGACUUCUCAGAAGACCAGAUCAUUGAGUUCAAGGAGGCCUUCCUAUUGUUCGACAGGACAGGUGAUGGGAAGAUCAGCUACAGCCAGUGUGGUGAUGUCAUGCGGGCACUUGGCCAGAACCCUGUCAACGCUGAGGUUCUCAAGGUCCUGGGAAACCCUAAGUCAGAAGAGAUGAACCACAAAAUGCUGGACUUUGAGCAGUUCCUGCCCAUGCUUCAGGCAAUUGCUAAGAACAAGGACCAGGGCUCCUUUGAGGACUUUGUUGAAGGUCUGCGUGUCUUUGACAAGGAGGGCAACGGCACAGUAAUGGGCGCUGAGCUGCGCCAUGUUCUUACAACACUCGGUGAGAAAAUGACAGAAGAGGAAGUGGAGACCCUUUUAGCGGGACACGAAGAUGCCAAUGGCUGCAUCAACUAUGAAGCCUUUGUCCGCCACAUCAUGUCCGGCUGAGCGGAGGAACUCGUCCGGAUGGUUAUGAGUGGUUGAAGAUUUCAAGGACUCAUCAGUUAUAUGUAUUCCCAAAUGUUUUUUCUAUUAUAUACGUGACGUCAGUCUGCCCCCAGUCACUCUGUCUCAGUACUUGUCCAACUCUGGUUUGCCCUCAUUCUAUCUAGUUUCAUUUUUUAUUAUUAUUAUAUUUUUUUUAGAAGUGCCUUUUCUGUGUGAGUUGAAGAGCCCUGUUUCAUUUCACUUCAGAAUAUCAUCCAGCCACAGAGGUGCGUGCUGUCAUGCCCGGCUUGUGGACAGAAUCGGCAAUAACAUUCCCUUGAUUGUCCCUUACAUUCCCAUCUCUCCCCUUGUCACUCAGCCCGUCUGCCCUGUUGCCCCAUAGCUGUGUUUUUAUACGGAUGAGAUGGCAUGUUCAUUGGCUGAGGUCAACUGUAAUGUGGAUUUUACAAGGCCAACUAAUCAUGAAAUGGUAGAUGAACUAUCUCAUGUUGUAUCAAAUUCUAUUGAAUAAAUAUCACCAGUUAUUAAAAUAAA